AUGUCGUCGUCAUCCGUGUCUGCUGGCGCUGUGGGAGAUAUAAUUGACCUGGAUCGUUAUAUGCGGGCAUCAGUCAGACCUUCACCACCUCACAGAAACGAGCGUCUCGUCGUGGACGCUGGUGCUGUGGGUCGAAGACCAAUAUCGUUGAGUUCGCUUCAAUCCGAUGAAUCUGUUCAUUCCCAAGGGGUUGAGUCAAGGCCGAAGGGUUUCAUUGAGCCUAGGCCCCAGAUGGCCACGCAUAAGAGGUUUUCUCACGACUCUGGCGUCUCUGAUGGCAGCCGUGUCAGACGGAAACGGAAUAGGCAUCCGACAGAUUGCAGUAGCAAAUACCAUUCGCGGCAGUCGUCAAUGAAGGAGUUUCGCGUGAUAUGCGAACAGACGCUCAAAGAGCAAAGAGAGCAAAUCGCCAAGGUCACGGAGCUGUGUGAGAGAUUGGCCGCACCCAAAGCGAAUUCUUCGGAACCUAAAGUGAAGAAACAAUCGCUUCCAAGCAGCGACUCGAGUGAAUUAAGUUCGUCGACAACUACGCUCAGUAGACACAAACGCAAAGACAAGCAUUUGUCUGAAUCGUGCAAAACCUACAAAAUAAUAAUGACGAAAUUGGACGACUUGAAUCGCGUCUUCCGUAGGCCAUUGCCGCCUGCCUCUUCGGGGAGCGUUUCUGUGUGCGACAAACUUGUCAAUACGGAGUUGAGGAAUCAGACAGUGUUGAGAUGUGAAGAGCGAAAGCUGGAAGUGACCAGGACCAACGAAGUGGACAUCGCGCCGAGGCAACGGCAUAAUGUUCUUGUGCACAGUCUGGUGGAGAGAGACCGCUCGUCCGUUUGUUCUGGGUCCGCCAUUGACUUAGAAGAUCCAAUACAGUUAUCACAAGAGAAACAAAAUGGCGCAAGUGUGCGAGGGGGACGGAGGACAUCCCUCUGCUCGCUCUGUCGCUCGUACUGGCGCUCUUUAUGGCGAUGUUUUCCGAGUUAUAUUAACGAAGGUGUAUGA